AUGACGGACUCGCUCUCAUCAUCCGUCGCCUCCCUCCGCACCUCCCUCCACCUCCUCGAAAGCUCAAUCGACAUUCUUGAUUCCGGCGUCAACGACUUUCCGCGCUUAUCAAAAGUUCUACAAACCACACGACACUUCGAACUCCUCCCCGAACCAACCCUUCAAGAAGCGCAACAAUCCCUCCUCGACGAAAUAACGCCUAGCAUCGCACACCUCCUCAGCAUAACGACGAACCACGUCGAGCGCCUUGCGCGCCGCGAGGAUUCUCUCCGCGCGAAAUGUCAACUCCAGGAAGGUAGAUUGUCGGAUGAACGACAACUUCCUUCUGCUACACAGCUAGGCAAGGCAGUAGGAGGAAGUCGGACAGGAACCGAUGCGGGCGCAAAAGCGGCGCAGUUGAGGAGAUUGGUGCAGAAGAAGGAAAGACUCAAGUAUGCGGUUGAUAGACUUGAGUUGCAGAGUCGACAAAAGGAGAGGGAGUUGAGGAAGAGUAUGGCUGCGCAGUGA